UUCCUCUAAAUCGAUAAUUAGGGCUCCUCCACUCCGGUUUCUGGCUUUACUCGUUCUUUCCAGAGAUCUGGUCGUUGCUUCAGCUCUUUGGCUUUGCCUCGACUCGUGAAGAUGAUUGAUGAUGAACAACUGGGAUUUCUUGCAAAUUUUCUAGGCAUCUUUAUAUUCGCGCUGGUAAUUGCUUACCAUUAUGUGAUGGCCGACCCAAAGUAUGAAGGAAACUGAAAAAAAAUGGGUAUGCAGAAAAAACCAAGUCAUGCAACUUUUAGAUACUUAUAGAUUUUACUUCUACUAUGUACUUAAUUUUGGCAUUUAAUCAAUUUUUCUCGAGAAUUUUGGCUUGUUACCGUUGUUCUCCAUAACUUAUAGGCUUGAUGCUUAUAACUAUUUUCAAUGGCCAAUUGAUAGGAGCCGGAGGGAGCCUUAGAUUUAGGCGAGCAAAUUUUGAUCUGAAAAAUCAAUUCAAUUCUACUCAAAAAAAGAAUUCAAAUAAAAUUU